CCGGCAUACUCACAUUUGCUCCAAAAGCAGUACAGGGCAUAAGAAAAAAACAAGGAAGACGAUAUUGAUUCGUCUUGACGAGCCUAAUGGCCCCUAAAGGAAAAUCUGAGGGCGCAGGCACCACUUCAGAAGCCCCAAAGAAGAAGCACGGCUUCAGAGUCGGACCCGAGAAUCUGCCAGACGGGCCAUGGCGCCGUAAAGUCGAUCAGAAGAAGCGUGAUUUAAUUCACAGAGCCAAGGUCAAGAAGGAAUACGCCAAGAUUAAGGCUGCAGAGGAAGCCAAAGCCCGGCCCAGUCACCGUGAUGAUGAGGAUGAUGGCAAAGAUGAGGUGAACUCAGCACAAGGCGACGCCCAGGAGGACAACGAAGAGGAAGGAGAGAAGAUGCAUCCUACAAGGCAGCUCAUGAUUAAGGAUGAAGACAUGGCACAGGUUGGAGCUGAGGCGUCUGGCCCUAGUGACGGCCAGAGGCGGAGGACUCGACGCCCAGGCUACUACGAGAAGCAGCUGAAGAAGGCUGCAGACCGGCGCCAAGAGGCCGAUGCCAAGAGAAAAGAGUAUGAGCGACGAAUGGAAGAGCGAGCACAGAAACAGGCUGAGCGGGAGAGAUUCAAAAAGGCCAUGGCCAAGACGAGGGACAAGGACGGCAAGAAAAAGCUGGGCAGGGAGAGUUCAUUGUUGUUGGAAAAGGUCAAAAGGCUUGUUGCUCAGAAAUGAGGCGGCAGGCUGGAGUUUUGCAUUGUUCAUGUUUUGUUACGAUACCUUUGGCAUAUCAGAUUUUGCGAUUGCACCCUACGGUAAUAAUGGAGCAAAGGAAUG